CCCCAGCGGCCCGGGGCGACCAGCGCGAUCCGGCCUUGCCGCCGCCACCUCGCGGAGAAGCCAGCCAUGGGCGCCGCCGGCUCCUCCGCGCUGGCCCGCUUUGUCCUCCUCGCGCACCCCCGGCCCGGGUGGCUCGGGGUCGCCGCGCUGGGGCUGACCGCCGUGGCGCUGGGGGCUGUCGCCUGGCGCUGCGCAUGGCCCACGCGGCGCCGGCGGCUGCUGCAGCAGGUGGGCACCGUGGCGCAGCUCUGGAUCUACCCUGUGAAAUCCUGCAAGGGGGUGCCGGUGAGCGAGGCGGAGUGCACGGCCAUGGGGCUGCGCAGCGGCAACCUGCGGGACAGGUUUUGGCUUGUGAUCAAUCAGAAGGGAAACAUGGUUACUGCUCGCCAGGAACCUCGCCUGGUCCUGAUUUCCCUGACCUGUGAUGGGGACACCCUGACUCUCAGUGCAGCCUACACAAAGGACCUACUACUGCCCAUCAAAACGCCCACCUCAAAUGCAGUGCACAAGUGCAGAGUGCACGGCCUGGAGAUCGAGGGCAAGGACUGUGGCGAGGCUGCCGCCCAAUGGAUAACUAGCUUCCUGAAGUCACAGCCCUACCGCCUGGUGCACUUCGAGCCUCACAUGCUACCAAGACGUCCUCACGAAAUAGCAGAUUUGUUCCGACCCAAGGACCAGAUUGCUUACUCAGACACCAGCCCAUUCUUGAUCCUUUCUGAGGCGUCGCUGGCGGAUCUCAACUCCAGGCUAGAGAAGAAAGUUAAAGCAACCAACUUCAGGCCCAAUAUUGUAAUUUCAGGAUGCGAUGUCUAUGCAGAGGAUUCUUGGGAUGAGCUUCUUAUUGGUGACGUGGAACUGAAAAGGGUGAUGGCUUGUUCCAGAUGCAUUUUAACCACAGUGGACCCAGACACCGGUGUCAUGAGCAGGAAGGAGCCGCUGGAAACACUGAAGAGUUAUCGCCAGUGUGACCCUUCAGAACGAAAGUUAUAUGGAAAAUCACCACUCUUUGGGCAGUAUUUUGUGCUGGAAAACCCAGGGACCAUCAAAGUGGGAGACCCUGUGUACCUGCUGGGCCAGUAAUGGGAACUGUAUGUCCUGGAAUAUUAGACGCCUUUUAAAAAUGUUCUCAAAAAUGACAACACUUGAAUCAUGGUGUUUCAGAACUGAGACCUCAACAUUUUCUUUAAAUUUGUGAUUUUCACAUUUUUCCUCUUUUGGACUUCUCGUGUCUCAAUGCUUCAAUGUCCCAGUGCAAAAAGCAAAGAAAUAUAGUCUCAAUAACUUAGUAGGACUUCAGUAAGUCACUUAAGUGACAAGACAGGAUUCUGAAAACUCCCUGUUUAACUGAUUGUGGAAUAGUUCUUUCUCCUGCUUCUCCGUUUAUCUACCAAGAGCGCAGACUUGCAUCCUGUCACUACCACUUGUUAGGGAAAGAGAAGAAGAGAAAGAGGAAGAGUGGGUGGGCUGGAAGAAUGUCCUAGAAUGUGUUAUUGCCCCUGUUCAUGAGGUACGCAAUGAAAAUUAAAUAUGCUCCCCAAAUAUGGCUGGAAUGCCACUUCCCUUUUCUUCUCAAGCCUCCGGCUAGCUUUUGAAAUGGCAUGAAGACUGAGGUGACCUUCAGGAAGCACUCCAGAUAUUAAUUUUCCAUAGAUCUGGAUCUGGCCCUGCUGCUUCUCAACAGCAUUGAAUUUCCUAAAGGUGCCCAGGAGGGUGGUUGUGUAGUCAUGGAGGUCCCCUGGAUCCUUGCCAUUCCCCUCAGCUAAUGACUGAGUGCUGUUUCUCCAGUUCCGGGUGAAAAAGUUCUGAAGUCUGUGGAGGAGAAGAAAAGUGAUUCAGUGAUUUCAGAUAGACUACUGAAAACCUUUAAAGGGGGAAAAGGAAAGCAUAUGUCAGUUGUUUAAAACCCAAUAUCUAUUUUUUAACUGAUUGUAUAACUCUAAGAUCUGAUGAAGUGUAUUUUUUAUUGCCAUUUUGUCCCUUGAUUAUAUUGGGAAGUUGACUAAACUUGAAAAAUGUUUUUAAAACUGUGAAUAAAUAGAAGCUACUUUGACUAGUUUCAGA